CGAGCUUGUCAAGCAUGUCGUGCCUCGAAAGUCCGCUGUAGAAGACCAGACGAUGAUUCGUCGUGUGCACGUUGUAGCAAGUCGGGCAGGCCAUGCGUGCCUUCUGAAGAUUCAAACAAAAGGCAGAAGCGAGUUGAUACCAGAUCUGUCGACGACAUUGAGGCGAGACUGAACGUGUUGACCGAUAUCUUGCAAGAUCGAGGGGUAAAUACUUCUGCGACUCUGGCCAGCACUGCGGAAAGAACGACUGAGCUGGCUGCUCAGGUUGAGCCAUCAAUCUGCGACAUUAUUGAUGACGAGACGACAACCAUGAUCUUCGAACAUUUCAGGGCAAACAUGCUGCACCACUUUCCGUUCGUGGCAUUUCCUUCGGAUGUAGAUAUAGCAGAAAUUCGACGGGCUGCGCCGAUCCUGGUUCUCGCUAUCCUAGAUGCCGCCGGCGAUGGUUACUAUGAUAUGGAAACUUCACGUACACUUCGGAGACGCCUCACACAGUUUUACUCUGCCUGUUUGCUAAGAAAUGGCGCGGAUGGUAUUAUCAUGCUACAAGCUUUGAUCAUCUCAGCAUUGUGGAACAGAGAUCUUGAGCCCCAGCAAGCUGGUGCAGAGCUGGACGUUUUUCAGUUAUGUCGAGCAGCCGCGAAUAUGGCCAUGGAGAUGGGCUUAGAGGCUCGUCUGCGGAAUUGGUCGUGGAGCAAGUCAUUGCCAAUCCAAUCAGAUCGCCUUCGCGAUGCGACUAGCGAGUAUCAGUUUUCUACUCUGGAAGUAAGGAGAUUGUGGUUGGCAUGCUACUAUAUUUGCUCGAGUGCAUCAUUGGCUAUACAGGCUCAAAACCUGAUGUCUUGGAAAAGACAGAUGGAUGAAUGCCUAGAAGUAUUGAGCACAUCGCCUGCCGCUCUCGCUUCAGAUAAGUUGCUGUGUGCUCACGUCAAGUUGCAACACAUGCUCGAGGAAUUUGAAGCACAGUUGUCUCCAGAUCUUGGCCCUACGGCUCUCAAAAUCACUCGACGGGUUGCGAAGCGUCAACUUGCAGAGUGGGCCACCAUGCUACCCACGUGGAACGCAAUGGCCACGGCUCCAUUGGUCGAUUACGCUGCCGAACAUGGUGGAGUUGCGGUUACUAUCGGCGAAUCCGACUUUACAGAUUGUCUUACAGCCACGCACAACUCACUAGACUCCUUUUUGUCCCUUGAUAUGCCUCUCAUACGUACUCUUCCAACAUCAUUCUUCGUUCAGGUCACGCAUACAGCAAUUUUACUCGUCAAACUUCACUUUACGGCAGCACGACUUUCGAAUCAAGCAGAUGCCGCACAGAAGAUUCUGGAUACUAGGGCCGGUACCUAUCUGGAACGCUUGUUGGCGAAGUGCAGCGGUUGGGGUACGCUCUGGCCUGCUCAAAAGCUUGUGGAGACGCUGCGCAGACUUCGAAAGCUGUUACGGCGAUGUGGUGACCAGACGCUUGCUUCCGAGCUGGCCUGGCUCAAUGCGUGGACUUUGGAAGAGGUGCCGAACUCUGAGUUAUCCAAUCAUCUCGAAGUGGUGCCAGAG